ACCGACCGGUGCGAGAGGAGAACCCGCAUCACAUCCACCUCCUCCUCGCUCGAUCCGCUCCUGUAGGUACUCGUACUACUCCAAUUCUUUCUCUCGCCUACGCCUUCCUCCCAAUCUUGUUGUUUCGGCGGCGGCGGCGGCGGCGGCGGUGAGGGAGAUGGCGGCGGAGAGGAAGGACGUGGGCAUUCUCGCCAUGGACAUCUACUUCCCGCCCACCUGCGUGCUCCAGGACGAGCUGGAGAAUCAUGAUGGCGUGAGCAAAGGGAAGUACACCAUUGGGCUUGGACAGGAUAGCAUGGCCUUUUGCACUGAAGUGGAAGAUGUUAUUUCCAUGAGCUUGACAGUAGUGAAGUCACUCCUGGAAAACUAUAAGAUUGAUCCAAAAUGUAUUGGACGUUUGGAAGUUGGCAGUGAAACAGUAAUAGACAAGAGCAAGUCUAUAAAAACAUGGCUGAUGCAAAUAUUUGAGGAAUGCGGUAAUACUGACAUUGAAGGAGUUGACUCCUCAAAUGCAUGCUACGGUGGAACAGCUGCUUUAUUUAAUUGUGUUAAUUGGGUCGAGAGCAACUCAUGGGAUGGACGUUAUGGGCUUGUUGUUUGCACAGACAGCGCGGUUUACGCUGAAGGUCCGGCUCGUCCAACCGGUGGUGCAGCUGCUAUUGCAAUGUUGAUUGGACCAAAUGCUCCAGUUUCUUUCGAAAGCAAGUAUAGAGGAUCUCAUAUGGCACAUGUCUAUGACUUUUACAAGCCUGAUCUUGCUAGUGAAUACCCGGUGGUCGAUGGAAAGCUAUCACAGACAUGCUAUCUCAUGGCAUUAGAUUCCUGCUACAAUGUCUUCUGCAAAAAGUAUGAAAAGCUUGAGGGAAAGCAAUUUUCUAUUCAUGAUGCAGACUAUUUUGUAUUUCACUCCCCAUACAACAAGCUUGUGCAGAAGAGCUUUGCACGCCUAUACUACAACGAUUUUCUGAGAAAAUGCAGCACGGUGGAAGAUGGAUCAAGAGAAAAACUGGAGCCUUAUUCAGGUUUGUCAUCCGAGGAAAGCUACCAGAGUAGAGAACUUGAAAAGGCUUCUCAGCAAGUUGCGAAGCACCUCUAUGAUUCAAAGGUUCAACCAACUACAUUAAUCCCGAAACAAGUCGGGAAUAUGUACACAGCGUCUCUAUAUGCUGCUUUGGCAUCAGUGAUGCAUAACAAAAAUGAAACUCUGGCAGGCCAAAGGAUUGUCAUGUUCUCAUACGGCAGUGGCUUGACAUCAACAAUGUUCUCUUUCAAGAUCAAUGAAGGCCAGCAUCCAUUCAUCCUAUCAAACAUUGCAGGCAUACUGGAUGUCUCCAAGAAACUGGAGUCCAGGCAUGUGGUUGCGCCGGAGAAGUUCGUGGCGGCGCUGAAGCUGAUGGAGCACCGGUACGGCGCCAAGGAUUUCACGACGAGCCAGGACACGAGCCUGCUCGCUCCAGGCACCUACUACCUCACCCACGUCGACUCCAUGUACAGGAGGUUCUACGCCGUCAAAGGUCAAGCCGUCACCGAAGCGCUGGGCAACGCCGCGCUCGCCGGGGAGCACCACCGCGCCGCCGUCUGGGAUGCGCUCUUCCCUGGCUCGCUGCUGGAGCUCGCGCGGGUCAGGGAGAAGGGAGUCCUCGACCCACUGUGCAUGGUGAUCGACACCUGCUGCUCCGGCGAAGGCGGCCGCGGGAGGCUCGAGGAGCUCUGCCACGAGGAGUUAGGGCUGCCCAUACUUGUGGAAAUCGUCACUACUGCCUGGCAAGUGGGGCAUGAUGAAGAAUGGUUAGAAUGGCUUCUCUUCAAAAUCUGUGUUGAGGAGCAAAAGUUUGAAACAUUGUUUGUAGCUUUAUGCUCACGCAAUGAUGCUGAGCACAGUGAUGGUGAUGAAUGCAAAACUGAGUUUAAUGCUAAGCAUGCAUAUCUUUUGGGUAAAUUGUCAAAAUGUUUGGCUAACCGACCUAAAGAAGUCAGUGUAUCGAUCAGUUUUGCACUUGAUAUUUUCAAUGCACAGAAGCAUGCUGCUGAGAUUGUGGAUUUUACUUGCCGAGUUAACUCUCCUCUUCCAACUGGUCACCCUGCAAUUGAUGUACUUGGAUAUUCAUUGGUGCUCUUGAAGGAUAUAUGUGCUUGGGAAUCCCCUCCGUCAGACACACAGGCUCCUGUUGACUCACUGAUGCAGACUGGUCUUGUAAAGCAUCUUCUAACGUACUUACGUGAGCUAGAACCCCCAAGUAUGAUCAGAAAAUCUAUGGCAAGGGGACAAGGAGAUCAUCAACCAGCCUUAGGAACUGCAAAAGUCUGCCCAUACAUUGGUUACAGGAGAGAUGUAGUCGCUGUGAUUGCUAAUUGCUUGCAUAGAAGCAAAAAAGUGCAGGAUGAGGUGAGGCACCUGGAUGGGAUUAUUUUACUCUUGCAGCAGUGUGUUGUUGAUGAAGAAAACCCAUACUUGAGGGAGUGGGGUCUUUUUGCUGUGAAGAACUUGCUUGAAGGAAAUGAGGAAAACCAGAAGGAGGUAUCUGGACUUAAGAUGCAAGAAGCUGUUAUAACUCCAGAGAUUGCUGACAUAGGUCUAAGAGUGGAGAUAGACAAGGAAACAGGACAUCCGAAACUGGUUAAUAACUGAUGAUACUUUCCAUUUUGAUCCUUCAUGUUUGAGGUGAAAAGAAAAGGGAGAUCAGACUCACGUACCGACGUUCCUCUCAUUAACGGAAGCAAACUAAUAUUGCCGCUGCCUUCUGCACCCCCGGGAAGAUAGGUGUUGCUUUUUUUCAUUAAUGUUAGUCAUGUUAAUAUUGAUGGCGAGCAUUUGAACCACCGGGAUUCAGAUACUUUCUUGGAGAAAUGAAUGCUAAUGGUUUUUUACGUUGCAUCAAAACAGUGAUGUGAUGAGAUGUUUCUAGAUCCACUCUUAUCAUAGGCGUCCGUUUUUUAAUCCUCGGCGUGUGCUGUUAUUUGGUGGCUAAUAUGUUGAUCCUGGUAUUCUUUGAUAGCCUUUGGGUAUUUAGCUUUCACUGUGGCUGUCAGAUUUCCACUGUAAUCGCUUUAAGCAAAGCAUGAUUCCCAUGUUUGGCUUUCA